AUGGUGUAUGGGUAUUGCAAUGUUUCGGAGGCUCCUGUGAAUGAAGAGACUGGGUCCAUGCACAAAGGUGUGGAGCAGAGCCCAGCCACCCCACGUUGGACAAGGGGACAUGGUCGUACCAUUAUCCAAAAGGACCCUGGGAAGGAUGAGAGUAUUAUUGCUGCACGUCUAAAGUCAAGGGGAUCUCUGUCAUUUGGGGACGUGGCCAUCAGCUUCUCCCAGGGGGAGUGGGAGUGCCUGGACCCUGCUCAGAGGGCCUUGUACAGGGACGUGAUGUUGGAGACCUACAGCAACCUGGUCUCUCUGGGAAGUUCCAUUUCUAAGCCAGAUGUGAUUACCUUAUUGGAGCAAGAGAAAGAGCCCUGGGUGGUUGUGAGGAGAGAAACAAGCAGAUGCUUUCCAGGUCUCACUAAGAUCAUCCACUCUUUUCUCAAGUCCAAUUUGGAGUCAAAUUAUGGAGCUGAGAAGUUAUCUCCAGAAAAUGAUAUUCAUGAAAUAAAUUUGCCUAAACAGAGUAUAAAGCAAAUAAGUAAAACUCUUGACCUUAAAACCUCCAAUUUUAGAAAUGACUCAAAAUGCAGAAAUAGAUUUAGGGGACAACAGGGACAUCAAGAGGGGUAUAUCAAUCAAAAGAUAAUAAGCUAUGAAAAAAUGCAUACUUCUACUCAUCAUACUUCUCUUACUCACACUACAGAUAAGCCAUAUGAAUGUAAGGAGUGUGGGAAGUACUUUAGUCGUGGUUCAAAUCUUAUUCAGCAUCAGAGUAUUCAUACUGGAGAGAAACCCUAUGAAUGUAAGGAAUGUGGGAAGGCCUUUAGACUCCUUGUCCAACUUACUCGACAUCAGAAAUUUCAUAGUGGUGAGAAACCCUUUAAAUGUAAGGAAUGUGGGAAAGCUUUUAGUCUUCCUACCCAGCUUAAUCGCCAUGAGAAUAUUCAUACAGGUGAGAGACCAUUUGAGUGUAAGGAAUGUGGGAGGUCCUUUAAUCGUAGCUCAAACCUUGUUCAACAUCAGAGUAUUCAUACAGGGAUAAAACCAUAUGGAUGUAAAGAGUGUGGGAAAGGCUUUAAUCGUGGUUCAAAUCUUGUUCAGCAUCAGAAAAUUCAUUCUAGGGAGAAACCCUUUGAAUGUAAGGAAUGUGGGAAGACCUUUAAAUAUCAUUACCAACUUAUUGAACAUUGUCGAAUUCAUACUGGUGAGGAACCCUUUGAAUGUAAAGAAUGUGGGAAGGCCUUUAGUCUUCUGAUAGAGGUUGCACGACAUCAGAACAUUCAUACUGGUGAGAAACCAUUUAAAUGUAAGGAAUGUGGCAAGGCCUUCAGUCGUGGCUCGAAUCUUGUUCAACAUCAGAGUAUUCAUACCGGUGAGAAACCAUAUGGGUGUAAGGAAUGUGGAAAGGCUUUUAGACUUCACCUACAACUUUCUCGGCAUCAGAAGACUCAUACUGGUGAGAAACCCUUUGAAUGUAAGGAAUGUGGGACAGCCUUCCAAUAUCAGUACCAACUUAUGGAACAUCAGCGAAUUCAUACAGGUGUGAAACCUUAUGAAUGUAAGGAAUGUGGGAAAAUGUUUCGUCGUGGUUCAAACCUUAUUCAGCAUCGGAGUGUUCAUACUGGAAAAAAACCAUUUGAAUGUAAAGAAUGUGGGAAGGCCUUUAGACUCCAUAUACAACUGAUUCGACAUCAGAAAUUUCAUACUGGUGAGAAGCCCUUUAAAUGUAAGAAAUGUGGGAAAGCCUUUAGUCUUCUCACCCAGCUUAAUCGUCAUGAGAAUAUUCAUACAGGUGAGAAGCCAUUUGAAUGUAAAGAAUGUGGGAAGUCCUUUAAUCGUGUCUCAAACCUUGUUCAACAUCAGAGUAUUCAUGCUGGCAUGAAACCAUACGAAUGUAAAGAGUGUGGUAAAGGCUUUAAUCGUGGUUCAAAUCUUAUUCAGCAUCAGAAAAUUCAUUCUAGUGAGAAACCCUUUGAAUGUAAGGAAUGUGGGAAGGCUUUUAGGUAUCAUUACCGACUUAUUGAACAUCAUAGAAUGCAUACUGGGGAGAAACCCUUUGAGUGUAAGGAAUGUGGAAAGGCCUUUACUCUUCUGACACAGCUUACUCGACAUCACAACAUUCAUACUGGUGAGAAACCAUUUAAAUGUAAGGAAUGUGGCAAGGCCUUCAAUCGUGGCUCAAAUCUCAUUCAACAUCAGAGUAUUCAUACUGGUGAGAAACCCUAUGGAUGUAAAGAAUGUGGAAAGGCUUUUAGACUUCACCUACAACUUUCUCGACAUCAGAAAACUCAUACUGGUGAGAAACCCUUUGAAUGUAAGGAAUGUGGGACAGCCUUCAGACAUCAGUACCAACUUAUGGAACAUCAGCGAAUUCAUACAGGUGUGAAAUCCUAUGAAUGUAAGGAAUGUGGAAAGAGCUUUAGUCGUGGUACAGACCUUAGAGUACAUCAGAGAAUUCACACUGGUGAGAAACCCUUUGAAUGUAAAGAAUGUGGAAAGGCCUUUAGACAUCACUACCAAUUUCUUGGACAUUACAGAAUUCAUACUGGUGAGAACCCCUAUGAAUGUAAGGAAUGUGGGAAAUGCUUUACUUGUGGUAGCGAACUUAGAGUACAUCAGAGGAUUCAUACUGGUGAGAAACCAUAUCAAUGUAAGGAGUGUGGGAAGGCCUUUAGUCGUAGCUCAAACCUUAUUCAACAUGUUAAAAUUCAUACUGGUGAGAAGCCCUAUGAAUGUAAGGAAUGUGAAAAGGCCUUUAGCAAUAAUUAUGAACUUACUGUACAUCAGAGAAUUCAUACUGGUGAGAAACCUUAUGAAUGUAAGGAAUGUGGGAAAACUUUUAGACUUAGUUCAGUCCUUACCGCUCAUCUGAGAAUUCAUACAGGUAUGAAACCCUAUGAAUGUAAAGAAUGUGGAAAGACCUUUAGUUGUAGCUCAAACCUUAUUCAGCAUGAGAGGAUUCAUACUGGUGAGAAACCUUAUGAAUGUAAGGAAUGUGGGAAGGCCUUUAGACUUAGGUCAGUUUUUAUUGCCCAUCAAAGAAUUCAUACAGGUCUGAAGCCCUAUGAAUGUAAAGAAUGUGGGAAGGCCUUCACUGUGAAUGGUCAGCUUACUCGGCAUCAGAAAAUUCAUAAUCGUCAGAAGUCCUAUGAAUAUGAGGAAUGUGGGAAGAUCACUGGAUAUGAACAACUUAACAUCAGAGAGUUCAUAGUGGCAAGAAAUUCUAUGAAUAUAAAAAAAUGUGGGAAGACCUUUCAUCGUGGACUGAGAUUUGCUCAACAGCACAGUAUUCCUACUGGUGAGGAAUUUUGAGUAUGAGUGACGUGGAAAGAUUUACAGUCACAGCAAACACCUUAGUGUUGAGAGGACAUUCUUGUGAGAGAGUCUUUGAAUGUAAAGAAAUACAGAGUAGCCUUCAUGUUCACAAUUUACUAAUCAUGAAAGAUAUUUUCCUAGGUAUGUUAAUUUCAUACACUUAGAAAAGCUUUCAAACUCAAACUGGAGGAAAACUGUUGUUGGAACAAAUGUAACCUAACGUCUACCUGAGGCAGAUGCUUUAUCACCAUUGCCAUUUCACUACCUGUGUGACAUUACGUGCCUAUCUUCUUUGUGCAUCAUUUGUAAAUGGCAACAAAAGUGAGUACAUACUAAUGCAAUUACGGGAAUAAAGGUGUUCUAGUACACACAAAAUCCUUAAAAGAGUAUUUGGCACAUGCUUGUGUUCAUAAAGAACAGCUUUUAUGUUUCAUUAGCAUUGUUGAUGACAGGAAAAUUGCAUUAUUGUGAAUAAUUUAGAAAAACCUCAUCCAUUAUUAAAUUUUAAAUAACUUGUUCUGUAUAAGAUUUCAUGGGAAGUAAAGAAUACAAGAGGAUUUUCAUUAUGAGUUCAUUCCUUAAGUUACAUCAAAAAGUUAAUUUUGGAAAGAAACCCUAGGGAUUUAAUGAGUGAGGAAAUGUUCAAGAAUCAGGGAGAGUUCAUUUGAAGUGAUUUGUCUGUAAAAAUAUCAACUGGCAGAAAAUGUAUAAUUUAUUUCUCUGUCCAGAAGCUAAGAUAAAUAUUAGUAAAAGAAUAGCAAAAUAAAACCUAUCCAUUUAUAUAUUCUUCAA